AUGUUCCCCCGAAUCGCCAUCGUCGGCGGUGGCCCUGCAGGACUAACUCUAGCCCUCUUGCUCCACAAACGAGGUAUCUCAUUCACAAUAUUCGAGCUGCGCAAACAGCUCACGCUCGAUGAGCUUGCCAGGCCUUCUGGAUCACUCGAUCUUCAUGAGGAAUCUGGCCUCGCAGCCAUCCGUGAGUGCGGCUUGUGGGACCAAUUUCUCCGUCUCACGGGCGAAUGCAGUGAAGCCCAGAAAGUGUCAGACAGAUAUGGAAACAUCCUACAUGAAGACGCAGGAGAGUUGAGUGUCCGUCCGGAAAUAUCACGCCAUGCCUUGAUUCAACUCCUCAUCAAGCAUUUACCCCGCGAAGCUAUCAGAUGGGACCACAAGCUAUUGUCAGCCACAACGAUCACCACAAACUCUGACAAUGCAGUCCAACUCGACUUUGGAAGUCAUGGGAGGCACGCUUUUGACUUGGUGAUUGGUGCCGAUGGGGCUUGGUCGCAAGUGCGCAACCUCCUGACCCCGGUGAAACCAUACUAUGCGGGAAUACAAAAUAUCACCUUAACGAUUCGAGAGUUGACUGCCAAAUAUCCACAAUUGGCUGCCUUGGUUGGCCGUGGCAGCUUUUCGGCCCUGGGUCUGCGGCAUGGAGUCAUGUCACAACGUGGAAAUCAGGACUCUGCCCGUAUCUACAUUUUCUUGACGACGCCGGAUGUACAAGCUGCUGCCUCAUUAGGGCUCAAGGGGCAGUCGGCAUCAGCAUCCAAGAAAACGCUACUAACGGACCCUUCGCUGCUUGGACGCUGGGGAUCCGCCAUCAAAGAGUUGGUAGCUGUGGCCUGUGACGAGGAGACAGCAGACAACCCAGGUUCGUCCAUAGAUAUCCGUGCCCUCUAUACACUCCCUCGGAGGUCGUCCUGGAAACAUAAUCCGCAUGUGACCCUGAUUGGCGAUGCUGCACAUCUGAUGUGCCCAUGGGCCGGUGAAGGUGUUAAUCUAGCAAUGUGGGAUUCAUUUUCGCUGUCCCAUGCCAUCGCCGAGGCCAGCAUGGCGGCAAAUACCAAUGGCGAUUCAUUUGUUACUCAUUUGAGCCCAUUGAUGCAAAGGUUCGAGGAGGAUCAGGCAACACGCGCGGAGGAGAAGGCGAAUGAAACACAUCGAAAUGGAGAGAUGUUAUUUGCAGAGAAUGGAGCCGAGGCAUUUACCCAGUUUUUCCAGUCUGCCUACGGUGGUGGAACAAUUUAG